GCCCACAAAUGGUAUGCCGAGGCAGAAACUGAUAAUAGAUCCCGCAGCAGAGUCAGUCUGACAGUCAGCUUCUAAUCGAUACUGAAGUCUGCUUCCUCUGGAUUUCUUUUGUAUUCAUCGCUCAUCUAGCACUCACACCUGUUGAACAUGGGAUAUCUGCUGUCUAAGAUGAUGGCUGUGUUCGGGGACAAAGAGCACAAAGUCAUCAUUGUGGGUUUGGAUAAUGCUGGGAAGACGACCAUCCUCUAUCAAUUUCUGACAAAAGAAGCCGUCCACACAUCACCAACUAUUGGCAGCAACGUCGAACAGAUCACCGUUCGGAAGACUCACUUUUUGGUUUGGGAUAUCGGAGGACAGGAGAGCCUGCGAGCUAGCUGGUACUCCUACUAUGGCAACACAGAGAUCGUCAUUCUGGUUGUGGACAGCACUGACCGGGAACGACUGACUGUAACCAAAGAAGAACUUCACCGAAUGCUCGCACAUGAGGACCUACAGAAUGCAGCCGUUCUUAUCCUGGCCAACAAACAGGACAUGAAGGGUUCCCUGACAGCGGCAGAGAUCUCCCAGUUCCUCACGCUCGACUCCAUCACAACACACUCCUGGCAUGUUCAAGCUUGCUGCGCCCUGACAGGAGAGGGUCUACCUGCCAGUCUGGACUGGAUGAAGUCGCGGGUUGUGGCAAACUAGAAGAAAACAAUGGAUUAAAAGUCCUGAAACUGAACCAGCCUCUCGGGCGCCGCAAAGGCCGCAGUGUCAGGAUUAUUUACAGUGUUUUGAGCCUGUGACCACGACAUCUGUGACAGAAACUGCCUCACCAUGUCUACAGUAUGACUUACUGACAAUGUGACAUCUUGAAGAAACCUGCGUUGUGUGUACCUCAGCCUCGGAAACAUGACAACAGACAACCUUCAAAAACUGUUUGAUUAUAUUUUAGUAAUCUGGAGGUUGUGCACUGAGGGAGAGAAAGUGUUAGUAAUGUAUUGACAUAAGUGGCCUGUGUGUAAAUGAGAACAAUGUUUGGGCAAAUUAUCCUACCUCACCAGAAGUAUCACAUUCCACUUUAACUGUCAAGAGUGACUAAAAUGUUAUUAUUUUAUUAUUAGAAAGGAAAACAACAAGGCAGGUUGACAAAGGACAAUGAUUUAUAACACUAAGUCAUAUAUUUUCCUAUUAGUAUCUUGAUUUUCUAGAACUGAUCCAGUGAUUCCACAGACGCUUUAAAACAAGACAAUCAUAAUUUCAUUUUGACUUAGUUCUCAUAAAUGAAGAUUUUUGUUCUUAGUUCACAAACUACUGAUUCAUCACAGUUUACCAGCAAACAGUAAGACUAUAAAGAAAAAAAACAAAAGAACAUUAUGCAGCUGCUGUGGUUUUCCUUCUCAGGAUUUCUGCAAUGUUGCAAAAGCCUACAAGCCUGCAUCUGAUGUUAAAAUUUAAUUUAACGCCAGCAAAUGAUUUUAGCUUUAUUAAACCUGAAUAUUUAUAUUAAUUUAUUCUUUUUUUAAUGCUCUUGGACUGUGUACUGUAUAUGACAGCGAUUUCUUGAAUGGGAGAAGGCGCUAGCUGCUAUGAGUCAUAAUUUUGCAAUGUACAUACUGUAUAGUUUGAUUUUUUUAAAAUAAAUGUUAUUAUUGCUA